AUUACCUGUCUCUUUGUUCCUUUCCUGCAGCUGACGGGGGUAUAGGUCCCUUUCACCCUUUCACCGGGCAUCAAUCACCUAUAAAAAGACACAGAACAAGAAUACAUCUGGUAAAGGGUUACGGCAUUGGAUUGAAAAAUUAGAUAGUUGCUGUCUUAUGACUGAAUGGUUCAAGAAAUCAAGAGAAAAAGUUUCCAACCACUGCUCUUCUUUCACUGUUAGACUAAUACCUAAAAGCUGGUGAUAUCUAUCUAAUCGAAUGGCAUUCGAGGAAAAUAAUUGCUCCUUUACAAAGCAAAAGAUUCCAUUUCAGACUUUCAGCCUAGUUACAUAUAUACCACUUUUUAUGUUUGGUAUUAUAUGCAAUGUUCUGGCCCUUUGGGUUUUUUGUUGCAAAAUGCAAAAAUGGACAGAAACUACUCUUUUCAUGGUAAACCUGGUGGUUGCCGAUAUUUUGGUUGUUUUGACCUUUCCAUUCAGACUAUAUGCUUCCUUAUAUGAAUGGGACCAUGGAAGUGGAUUGUGCAAAGCCCUGAUGUCUUCCUACUUUCUAAAUAUGUACAUGAGUAUUUUCACUAUCACAACUAUUGCUUCUGACCGAUAUUUGGCUGUCAGACAUCCAAUGAAAUACAAAAGCUGGAUGUCGCUGAAAAAAGCUUCUGUCAUUUGUUGCGUCUUUUGGAUUCUUUUCAUCACAGUUGGAGUACUGAAGAAUUUAGAAAGCAGAGACCACACAUUUACCACCUGUUUUCAGAAGGACAACAUUGAUCCCUUUAAUUUAUCCCCAGUCUUUGUUGUGGUUGGAUUUGCCCUUCCUUUGUUAGGAAUAAGCUUUUGCUCAGGAAAGGUCAUCAUGUCGCUCAAAGUCAAAACAACAAGGGACAAAUAUAAACAGUGUUCUGUCCAGAAAGCUGUAAAGAUAGUUAUUGCCAAUUUAGUGAGUUUCGUUAUUUGUUUUUCACCUAUCCACAUAGGAUAUGCAAUCCGUUUUGUAGCCGAAAGCCUCAGGGCAUCUUGUUACAUACUUGAAAAAGUCAAUGACUUUAUACAUGUGGCAAACUUCAUGGCAAACCUAAACUGUAUUCUGGAUUCAGUAGGCUACUACUUUGCUGCCAAUGAAUUUUGGGAUGUUCUUUCCAAGCGAAAGUUUACUUUACCUAAAUGCAAAUCUUCAUGUGUGUCAUAAACCUAUAUACAAUCAAUUCAUGCUACAGAAUAGCUUGCAGAAAAGAAUACCAUCACAGAUAGACAGACUUGGCCAUAUGAGGAGCUGUGAUCCUCUUCUUUACUACUUCUGCUGAUGUUUUAAAUGGACAGUAAAUUCCCUCCACGCGUAAGUGGCAUUUUCCUGUCCACAUGGAAUGUUAGUGGAAGUACUGAAGAAGAGGACUCUGGCAGAGAGCGGGCAUUCAGGUACCUGGCAGUAGCAUGGUAGUGGGCUAGGUAUGUCUAUCGGGCAGGAUAUUUAAAGGGGUACUCCAGCCCUCCACGCCGGGACAUCAGCUGCGGCACCCCGCUGUCAUGACUGCAAAGAGCAAACUCA